UCCUCCAUCCUCGCCGUAGUUGCAUGUCAGUUUGCGGGAGGCUGGAUCUGCAUGAAUGGGGCGCGACCCGCAGGUAUGAUGGAGGGUCUGAAGAUACGCUUUGAUUUCCCCAGCCCUGUCAUACAAGCCCAGACGGUGAGAACUCUUGUUGCUGCUGUGCUGAAGGAGAAAGGCUCCAAUGGGCCGAUCACACAGUCCUCUCCUCAGGGUCCGGCUCUGGAGGCUCUGUGGCAGCAGUGCUGCAGUGACGACUCUCUGGUGCGCUCCUCCUGCUGCGACGCCGUGUUCCUGCUGGUGGAGCAGCAUUAUGCAGAGCUGCAGCACGUCCUCCACAGCGUGCUCAACCUGCUUCCCUCCGCCAG